AUGAGACCUUCCAUCCAUCUCCCGAGCCCCUGGGUGCUCCUCGCUGCUAUUGCAAUUGUUGCCCCUGCCAUGGGCCAGAGGGACUCGUCGUCUAGCCAGGCUGAGAGCACUCCGUCGUCCCAAGAUACUCCAAAGCCAACGCCGUCUUCGUCUCCCUCCUCUAGCAACAACCAACAAUCGUCAAGCGCGACUCCGUCGUCUCCGAGUUCGAGCCAAGCAACCAUCACCGGUGGCGCGGCGGCCACGACGGGUGGUGAGCUGACCGGAUUUCCCACUCUGACCGGUCCGGGAGUGAUUCCUACAUACCCGCCCCCGAGUGUGCCGCCGACAAACAACGCGCCCUUCAUGCAGCAGUCCAGUCUCCCCGAUGGAACCGUCUUCAUUGCCGUCGGGGCCAUCCUUGGAGCGCUGGGAUUGGCACUGCUUCUGUGGCGCAGCAUCGUCAGUCUCAUGCUUCACAGAUCAGUUGCGCGCGCUGCUAUGGCCCAGCACAACGGCGACAACAAGACUAGCUUCCCUGCUCCUCCGGCGCCGUUUUACAAGUAUUCCGAUCAUGCCUCCACCAUGUCUGUGGGGGGCAGUGCCGCCGCUACCGCCGCUGCGCCUGCUGGCCGUGGCGUUCGUCGAACAAACCGCGGGCCCAUUCCCUCUGCAACGCCCAGUCAGUCCAACUUGUUUUUUUCUCCCACUGCUGGUGCCAACGCUUCAUCGAACCGCGCCUCAACGUUUCUACCGUCUGGCUUCUACGCCGCCGGCAACACGUUACCGGGAGGAGGCAACCAGACCAAUUCCAUCAACCUUUCCAACCUCCGACCCGAUUCGCGAGGCCAUUACGCCAACGCUUCCCGCAACACCAUGGACAUUUCGCCACCCGAUUCUCCUCGAGUGACAGCGCGCCGAGACAUGAGCAGCAGCUCACUCAAUGUCAGCCUUCAGCCCGGCCAGCGCGCCCCCAGUGCCUACCUGGACGAUUUGUUGACCGACGACCCCAACGCGUUGCCACCACCUCACAUGCCUCCCGCGACAGGCCCACGACAUUCUGGCAGUCCAGCCAACCGCUUUUAA